AUGGUCUCGUUGUUAUUAUCUUCUUGCCAGAAUAAUGGAACUUAUGUCCUGAAACUCCACAUUUCACCAAGUGCAUUUAUCUUCACUAAAGCUGAUGAUUACAAUUCUCGUCAUCUACGCGGUUCUACAGGAGUUGUUACCCUUCUACUUCCGUCUGCAAGACCUCAGAUUUUUACGUACACCAUGCAGCUUUAUUCCGUUGAUGAAGUGCAACACUCCUUAGUGUCUUGCCUGGAGCAAACGAUUUAUGUUCCUGGACCUUGGCUGGAAGAGUACCAGGAAGGCCCCACAAUUGAACAUCCCAUUAGGAAGAUCAGGCCUCAAGGUGAAUGCUAG